CGUUGCCCCGAAAAAAUUAAUAAUAAUAAUAUAAUAUGUCCGUUGUUUACGCACUCUUACCUUUUUUUACAGGAUGGUCGCACUAGAGCCAAAGAUAUCAGAUAUUAUAAUAUGUUUUUACACCUUGAAAAUUUUCAAAUAAGUAAAUUUACUCUUUGAAAAAAAUAAAAUAAAAAAUAAAAAAUAAAAAAAAUAAAAAAGACAAGGGAAGUAGGUUUAGACUGGGAUGCUAGUCUCACGAAGAAAAAUAAAGAUCACCAACCACAAACAAUUGGUGUUUGAAUUGUGUACGCCUCCAUCUUAUUCAACAAAAAUAAAUGAAUAAAUAAUUAAAAAUGGAAAUAAAAAUAAAAAACACCAACACAUAUCUUCGUCAUCAAAAAAAUAAAUGAAUAAAAAUUUAUUGACUUCCAAUCUCUACCGCCCUGAUGAAUCAAUCCUAGAGAUGAGUUCAAAGUUACUAAAUUCCGGAAUAAAAGUCAAAAGAAAAAUUAUUAGAUGUAUGUCAAAGAAAGCAGCCGGAUAGACUCACUGGCAACACCCAUCAUUCAAACCUGAUUACUUUUUAAGCAAGAAAAGUGAGGGGAUGUAAACAAGAGCUGCUUAGCCAUAUCGUGCAAGCCAAAUUCAAAUACUAUAACCAUGAAUUCUCCCACUGUUCGCCAAAUUUCAGAGUGUUUCAUAAAACCUAAGUAUGCUUCAGAAGACUCCAAGCUUCUCCACUACUUGACGCCAUGGGAUAUUACCAUGCUCUCUGUACAUUACAUCCAAAAGGGUCUUCUCUUUGCUAAACCUCCUGAAGCACAACACGAUGAGAAUUUCAUGGCAGGUCUGCAGGAGAGGCUCAAGGAAAGCCUUUCUCUUGCCCUGGUCCAUUUCUACCCACUUGCAGGACGACUUUCCACUGUUAAAUCUGAAAACCCUGCUGCGUACUGGGUCUUUGUGGACUGCAAAAAUAGCCCUGGAGCGAAAUUCAUUUAUGCAGCUUUGGACAUGACCAUAGAUGACAUCCUCUUGCCGCUUGAUGUGCCUUUGGUUGUUCAAUCAUUUUUCGACCAUCACAAAGCCAUCAGCCAUGACGGUCACACCAUGAGUCUGCUUUCCAUCCAGGUAACUGAGUUACUGGAUGGCGUCUUCAUUGGGUGUUCCAUGAACCAUGCCAUUGGUGAUGGAACAUCUUAUUGGAAUUUCUUCAACAUGUGGUCUGAGAUUUUCCAAAAAAAACAGGGUAACUCUGUUAAUUCCAUCUCACGUCAGCCAGUUCUAGAACGCUGGUUUCCUCCUGGUCAUGGACCCAUUAUCAAUCUCCCUUUUACCCAUCAUGACCAGUUCAUCAGCAGACAUGAAUCUCCACAGCUCCGAGAGAGAAUGUUUCAUUUUACAUCUGAAUCGAUAGCAAAACUGAAAGCCAAGGCCAAUUCAGAGUGCAAUACCAACAAAAUCUCAUCGUUUCAAGCCUUGUCUGCCUUUGUGUGGAGGUCCAUAACACGGGCUCGUUGUUUUCCACCUGAUCAAAUAACCAGUUGCAAGUUGGCAAUCAAUUGCAGACCGAGAUUAAACCCACCUUUGUCUCAGGAAUAUUUUGGAAACUCGAUCAGUGUGGUGAAAGGAGAUUCGACGGCCGGUGAAUUGCUGGAACGUGAUCUUGGUUGGGCAGCGUGGCAACUACAUGAGGCCGUGGUUCGCUUCACACAUAAAACGGUGGAAUCGUCGUUGGGUUCAUGGUUAAAGUCGCCUGAUAUAUUCCAACUUGAAAAGAUUUUCGAUCCUUUCAGUGUGGCGAUAGGGAGCUCACCCAGAUUCAAUAAGUAUGGAAAUGAGUUUGGAAUGGGCAAAGCAUUAGCGCUUCGGAGUGGGUAUGCAAACAAGUUUAGUGGGACAGUGACAACCUACCCAGGACGUGAUGGUGGAGGAAGCAUUGAUUUGGAGGUUUGCCUUCCCCCGGAAACAAUGUCUGCUCUUGAAUCUGACAUGGACUUCAUGGAAGCUGCAUUUUCAACAUAUCUGUAAUCAGUUGGGACUGAUUUUGCAAUUCCGUUUCUGUCUGCAAGAUAUUAACACCAAUUCCAAUUCCAUGUCCCCGUCUAAUGAAUAAAUACGCAUUGUUAAUGUUAAAUAAAGUGAACAGCGUGUCAGUUAGUUUAGGUUGUGACAAACUUUGAUUUUGUACCACAGUUGAAUAAUUCAGUGUCUGAAGUGGGCAGAAGAGACUUCUUGCAGCUGUUUUCGCUUGGCAAUUAAAAGCUUAAUUGGAAUUGCUUAUUGUCUUUGGUUUGC